UCUGUCCAUCAUCUCUUUCUUCCCCAAAACAACCCAUCAUCUAUUCUUCCUCCCAAAACCCUUUUCUAUUCUCUGUCAACACAGAGAAGCUACAGAAACGGCCAUCGUUGCCGACAUGAGAGAGAUGAAAUCGGUUAAAAAGGCUCGAAAACAAACUUUAGGGUUUCUAACGAAGACAACGAUUGGAGAAAAAAAAAAGAGAAAGGCCAACAACAGGCGGCGGAACCACGGCGGUACGCCGUCGUUUGCGUCGUCCCUAUACGGUAGCCUACUUCUGCAAUUGAGAUCGCGAAACAGAGCUCUUAAAUUAAACGAAAUUUGUUGCGAUGAUACAUCUGUUAUCGAUCUCAGUAGGCUUUGUAUGGUAUAUAUUCUAAGUUUUGUUGAAAUCAAGACUGAAGCAGACAAUCUUCUACUUGCAAGACACGAGGAGGCUAUGAUGAUGAGUUUCGGUUUGACGAAAGAUGUGAUUUUUAUGUGUCCUGACGUGGCAGCCGAGAUGAUCAUGUGGCAUUAUGUUGCAAGGGAUGGAAGCCCAUGGGAUGUGGAGGUCAACCCUCGUAUGAUGGAAUAACUUGGGAAGGAAAUAAAAGUGUGGAUCAAAAUUUUGGUACUCAUUUUGUAUUCUAAUUUAUAAACUCUUCCCACCAUUGGUGUCUUAAUUAUAUGUAAAGAAAGUUUGUUAACCUGUUAUUACGAAGUUGGUGUUGCGAUCACCAUGCCGUCACAACACGUUAGUGACCUAACUAUGUUUUACACUUCA